AGAAUAUACCCACCAGCAACUGUAGCACAAAACAACCGCACUCGAAUAUCAAAGCUGUGAAAAUGGACAACAAACAGAUCACCAUGAAUGACAGCAGCACCCCGCCAACCCAUUGCCGCAAAGACUCCGCCCAUCUUAUCUUAUCCACACCAACAUCUAGCUGAACUUGGUGAUGAUCCACCUUUGCCAGUCAGCCCCUCCGCCGCCUUGGCUUCCGGUCCGCAAAUCCCUCACUCAAAGUCUUAAUUUUGAUACGUUGUAUGUGCUCGAUGCUCAAAAUAGUAUGAAAAAUGAAAAUCAUGUCGGCGUUUGUCAUUUCCCCGGUCGCAAUAGUAGCAACUUGACCACCAGCCUUGGUAUAGGAGCUGGAUAAAGAUCUCGGCCAUCACAAACCCGGGACGAAACCUCAGUGUUGUGUGGGAGCGUGAGCCCUAAGUUCUAACAAUGGUCGUCCCCAACGGAUCACCCUACGCUGCCCUUGAGCAUCACUUAAAAUCACUUCUUCCUCAAGACAGCAAACGCUCGUCUCUCGUCAGUUCCGUGCUCCCUACGCUGAUCGAUGCUAUCGCUGCCGUUUCCAGCACUUUACAAUCCUCUCACCAUGUCGCUCUCGUGGGCACCGCCAAUGCUUUCGGUGACGAUCAGCUGAACAUUGAUGUCUCAGCCGAGAACAUCAUUCGGGAGGCCCUCGCUCGGUGUCCCGCCAUCGCCGUUGCCAGCAGCGAGGAAGACCCGAUCGAACGCCCGAAUGCGACCCACAAGGCCACCGCCGAACCUACUCAAUCUGCCGAAGGAUCGUCGCCGUCGUCGGCUGAACAAUACACAGUAGCCUUCGAUCCUCUGGAUGGAAGUUCCAUCAUCGCCCCGAACUGGUCCGUCGGCACCAUCGUAGGCAUCUGGGACGGCACCACCGCCCUAAACCAGGACCCCGCCACGAAGCAAAUCGCCGCCGUCCUCGGCGUCUACGGCCCCCGGACCACCGCCAUCAUCGCCCUCCGCAUUCCCGGCCUCCCACCCGCCUGCUUCGAGGUCGGUAUCGACCCCUCCGGCUCCGUCCACCAGAUCAUCCGUUCCGGCAUCUGCCUCGCAGACCCGCCCUUCAAGACCCGCUACUUCGCCCCCGCGAACCUGCGCUCCGCCGCCGAGGACGACCGCUACCUGCGCCUUGUCCAGCGCCUCAUCGUCGAGAAGUGCACCCUCCGCUACUGCGGCGGCCUCGUCCCGGACCUGGUGCAUGCCCUCGUUCAGGGCCACGGCCUGUACGUCUCCCCCGUCACCGGGUCGACCAGGGCCAAGCUGCGCCGCCUGUACGAGUUAUGUCCUGUCGCCUUGGUCAUGGAGUGUGUUGGGGGCAAGGCUGUCGACCCUGCCAGCGGGAAUGGUAUCCUUGAGAGGGCCGUGGCUGAUUGCGACGAGAGGGGCGGGUUGGUCUGCGGGAAUCGGGAAGAGGUUGAGGCUGCCAUAGAAUCUUUGCUUGGUUAGACGACAGGGGGAACGGGCACUGCGGUGACACGACGCCGUACGUAGAGGCCAGGUUGCGAGACCGAGACGGGAGCCCUAUAGAAUUGAUAGAAGUUUAGAAUAUCCAUCGCACAUGGUUAGAAAUACCCCGUGAUGUUAGGAAAUUAUGUUCAUCGCGU